GACCCUGCAACCCCAUGCUGUGGAUGAUCAGUCAGGACGUCAGGGUCGAAGGUCACCGGGUCGUCACCCUGCACUGUCGCAAGAAAGAGUCCAGCUACGCGCAGAGGGUGGAGCCCGGGUGGCAGCGGGUGGUGCAGGUGGAUCUGGAGAUGGAUGCGAUCGUGGACUCCGUGGGCAGUGGUCUGAUCUCCUGGAUGGUGGAGUAUCCGGGCAUCAGAGCGACGUCUGACGAAACCGAGACUAAAAUCCACAUCGUCCAGAGAGAGCUGUCCGGCAUCGUCCCUCUCGCCAUGGACACGGAGAUCCUGAACACCGCCGUGUUGAACGGGAGAACGGUGGCCGUGCCGGUGAAGGUGGUGACGGUGGCGGUGGACGGAACGAUUACGGACAUCUCGGACAUGGUGCGGUGCAGAUCCACAGACGAGGACGUGGUCAAGGUGGCAGACAGGUGCGACUACGUGUACGUAAACGGUAAGGAGAUGAGGGGACGAGUGCGGAUGCUGGUGAACUUCACCUACAGCUUUGCUACGGCUCAGCUGGAGAUGAACGUGUGGAUCCCGCGCCUGCCGCUCCACAUCGAGGCAUCGGACACGGAGCUGAGCCCGAUUAAAAGCUGGAGGGUCCCCACGACGCCCAACACGCCAAGGUGAGCACGGACACGCCCCUGAGAAAAGCGACGGA